AUGCGGCGCUACCGGUCGUGGAGCGCAGCUCCGCUGCUCUCCGCACUCCUCAUGGUAGCGCUUUAUUCCUUUGCCUUGCACAGCGCAGCUGCGCGUACGCGAGAGUCGCAGCUAUAUUGCCUCCCUGCCGAGACGGAGCCGCAUGGCCUCAUCCGCUGCGUCAUCCAGGUGCGGAACGGAUACCAGCAGCCCACAACGAACUUCAACCCUUCCGAUUUCAUUGCCCUGACGCGCACCUCGAACGCCACGGCGGUCGUCACGAAGAGUGCGUUGGUGCGUGGCAGCGACAACACAACCGUCGUCUUCACCAUGUCCGUCUCGACGGCCGCCGACGUGCUGAUCCGGGUGUACUUGCGGGAGAAGGAUGCCGUCGGCGGCAACUCCGGCAUGGGAGAGGUGCGUGGGAGCGGCAUCACAGUUUCUGUGCUUUCAUGGCCGACCUCACGCCUCGGCCCUAUCACCUGCACUGCGCAAGAGACAGGUCUCGCACUGCGAAGCUCCACCAUCUGCCGCGCCGCCCUCUACGACGAGAGCAGCGCGCCCUCGGUUGUACACAGCGCCGACGUGCUGUUUAGUGAGGCAAGCGGGCUAGGCAACUUUGUGUUCACCUCGGGAAUCAAGGAGCUCGUGUUUAGCUUCACGGCGCCGCCGACGGCGCCCGCGCUUGUCUCCACCUUUACGCUAACGGUGAGCCUGCACAGCAAGGACGCCGACGUGAACGGUGGCGGGGCACAAGCGGCUCAGAUUCCGAUUUUGUACCCUGGCGAUGUCGCGCUGUCGGAAACGACAGGCCUGCAAUGUGCAGCGGAGUCGCGGCCCAUUUCAUGCUUCAUCACGGCAUCCGGUGCGCAGGGCCCUGUUACUUUUAACGCCACGCACUUUCGCCUCCGUGUGGAACGAUCGGUCGGGGCUGUCGCUGCUGCGGCGGAUACGUUGGGCAGCCUCACCACCAACGGCUUGGGCGCCGUUAUCCGGCACUGGGUCGAUGUCACCGACACCUUUAGCCUUUCCGUCGCCCGCUCCCCACUGCGCCCGUACGUUGGUGUCGUCUCUUGGGAGCCGAAGUCGCAGGACUCCCUGUACGAGGCCAGGCUCCGCGUUUUCGCCUCGACAGAUGGACAAGAAGUCGGCGCAGCUAGCGGGGACAGUGCUGCAAUCACCGGCAACGCAGCCGAUGUUGCGGGCAGUCCAUACUUCUUCACGACGGGUAUGCUGCCCACCGCUCUAUCCGUGACGCUGCGCGGCUGCCGCGAGUCGGUCAUCGCCUCGGGCAACACGACAGUGUGCUUUAUCGACCUGGCAAAUGGUGUGUCGGGUGACACCACCCUCUACGCCAUCACCACCUCAGACCGAGAAUCUUCUGUAUCCAAUGUGACCUAUGUUGCGCACGAUUCCGUCUGUGCGUGUCGAUCACUGUGGUUCAUCUACCACGCCCCAACCGCCCUCAUCAGCCCAGUGGACGACUACAUCGAGGUGUCUAUGUACACCGACGUCGAACGCUCGGUCAGUGGUAUGGUCAUGGCCAACAACGUGCCGCUCCGUCUCGGCGUCCUUCCGGUGGUGUCUCGCUCCGGUCACGACACUUCUCAAGCGCCGACAGACGCUGUUCUGAUCUCCGUCGGCAUUCUCUUCUACGGCAGCGUGCUCGCUGUCGGUGGCGUGCUCAUCGUGCGCCGCUCACGCAAGGCCGCCAGCAUUCGCCACAAGCGCGCGCUGAAGGAGCGGGCAAUGAUGCAGGCCAUGGACAGACGCCAGGGCGUACCUACCCCAGGCACGGAGAUCCUUAGGGACAGCCCAAGCGCCCUGGCCGGGACACCGGCGAUGACUCAGACCCCAGACGGCGCCGCUGCGGGGCAUGUUUUUCUGGUUCGAGGAUGCGCGGGUUCGAACACUUCUGGGUACGACACGAUCGACAUGCUGGGUGUGGGUGCUGGAGGAGCGGGUGGUGGUGGAAGCCGUUCAACGUCGCCGCCUUUGGUGCCGGCAGCUGUAGUGAGCAACGUGGCAGUUCUUCAAGAUACCUUCCACUCGGACAGCGACUAG